AUGUUCCGUACUGCUUCCGCAAGAUUGACCGCGUCUCUUCGACUGCAACUCACUGUUCGUCCCUGCAUAAGCAUACAAAAAACCCACAUUUUUCACAAAAUCCCCUUCCGCUUUAUUACAACAACUCCCAUUCGAUAUCGCCCAUCAACGACCGACGAAGCAAGCAAGACUACAGGUGCAAGUCAACAAAGAAGACCAAGUUUCAUAGCCAUACUGGCUGUCGCAUCAGUCGGUUUGUCAGCGUAUCUCGUUUUAGUGAAGUCCAGAGAAGGGCAAAAAAAAGCCAUAGAACAAAAACUUGAAUCGCGUACAAAGCCCGUUUUUGACAAGGAGAAGUAUACGGUCGUCUUUGUAUUAGGUGGUCCCGGUUCCGGCAAAGGGACUCAAUGUCAAAACCUUGUUAGGGAUUUUGGAUUCGUGCACCUCUCUGCUGGUGAUCUGCUCCGUGCCGAACAGCGGCGACCCGGCUCAGAGUAUGGUGAGCUCAUAAAUUCAUGCAUCAAGGAAGGCAAAAUCGUACCCAUGGAAAUUACCAUUGCCCUACUUGAAAAAGCUAUGCGUGAGGAUGGCGGGACUCGGUUCUUGAUCGAUGGGUUUCCGCGAAAAAUGGACCAAGCUGUUAAAUUUGAAGAGGCUGUUUGUGAAUCAAAGUCUGUCUUAUUUUUCGAAUGUCCCGAGGAAGUCAUGCUUACGCGUCUCCUCCAUCGUGGUGAAACGAGCGGGCGCGUUGAUGACAAUAUAGAAUCUAUUCGAAAGCGAUUCAAGACAUUCGUCGAGCAGAGUUAUCCGGUAGUGCAAUACUUUGAGAAACAAGGCAAAGUAAAGACUGUAUUAUGCGUAGAUACUCCAGAGAAAGUUUAUGAAAAAGUGAAGGAGAUUUUUAGAGAUAUAUUUAAAGAAUAA